UGGAGUAACUGGUCAAAAUUGUUUGCUCUCAUCCACGUGUGAUCAAUCUACUAUCCAACUAACUAUCCUCUUCUUCACCAAAAACCUCUCAAACCCGUUCACAAAACCAGAAGAAAAAACUUCUAGUCUUAAACCUCACAAGAGUUAGCAUUGAAAUUCUUGGGAUAACAAACACAAACAUUCAUUGAUCAUGACUCUGUGCCGCAUUCAUUGCCACCUUAAUCUCCAAUUCCCAUCCAAUACGCCGCGUAUCCCCUCCACUUUUCACUCUCUCUUCACUCCAAAUAAGGUUCGUUUUUCAAGUGUUCUGCGGCGCACCUGUGGAGUAAUCAGGUCUCAUAUGACAAUGGAAGAGAAGCCUCUCUCUCAAAACAAUCGAAUGCUCGUGUUUGUGCCUGCUCAUCCUUUGAUCAAGCACUGGGUUUCGGUUCUCAGGAAUGAGCAAACUCCGUGUCCCAUCUUCAGAAAUGCAAUGGCCGAGUUGGGAAGGCUACUAAUGUAUGAAGCCUCAAGGGAUUGGCUGCCAACAGUAUCCGGCGAGAUUCAAUCACCGCUGGGUGUUGCCUCUGUGGAGUUUAUUGAUCCAAGAGAGCCUGUGGCUGUAAUUCCGAUUUUGAGAGCCGGCCUUGCUCUUGCUGAACAUGCAUCAUCGAUCUUGCCUGCUACAAAAACAUAUCAUUUAGGAAUGAGCCGAGACGAGGAAACUCUUCAGCCAACAAUAUAUUUGAACAAGCUACCUGCAAAAUUUGCAGAAGGGUCUAAAGUAUUCGUGGUCGAUCCUAUGUUGGCAACGGGUGGUACUAUAGUGGCAGCCCUGAAUCUCUUAAAGGAUCGCGGGGUUAGCAACAAGCAGAUUAAAGUGAUAUCUGCAUGUUCUUCCCCUCCAGCUCUCGAAAAGCUGAGCGAGCAGUUCCCGGGGCUUCAAGUAUAUACCGGAAUUAUUGAUCCCGUACUUAACGACAAAGGGUUCAUAAUUCCUGGCCUCGGAGAUGCUGGCGAUCGCAGCUAUGGUACAUGAUAUACAUGAAUGUUAAUUAUUGGAUGUAUCAAAUUUUGAAUAAAGUUAUUAUUACUACUCAAAUUAAUUCUAAACUCAUAAUGUAGUUGCCUAUUUAGUAGUGUUUUUGCUUAUUAUUAAUGUUAAAUGUUAAGAAUUGAAAUAAAUAGGUCUUUCAAUUUUA